ACUCGAGUGACGUCUGGCGAUUACGCCGAUUGCAUAUAAAGUGCUUCAUCUGCGUCAGGCGCCAUUUUAUUACGUGAAAAGAGGCCGACAAUCGCGCACCUUUGCUGAGUGUACUACUAUUUAAGUCUACUGAAGUUAUAAUCUAAGAUAAAACAAUGGCAAAAGCACCUGCUGUAGGUAUUGAUCUGGGGACCACCUACUCCUGCGUUGGAGUGUUCCAGCAUGGGAAAGUGGAGAUCAUCGCAAACGACCAGGGCAACAGAACAACGCCCUCAUACGUCGCGUUCACCGACACCGAGCGACUCAUUGGUGAUGCAGCCAAGAACCAGGUUGCUAUGAACCCCAACAACACUAUUUUUGAUGCCAAACGACUUAUUGGCCGCAAGUUUGAAGACACAACUGUUCAAGCUGACAUGAAGCACUGGCCAUUCGAAGUGGUCAGCGACGGCGGCAAACCAAAGAUUAAGGUACAGUACAAAGGCGAGGAUAAGACCUUCUUCCCCGAAGAAGUAAGCUCCAUGGUGCUUACCAAGAUGAAGGAAACAGCCGAGGCUUACCUCGGCAAAACGGUGCAGAAUGCAGUUAUCACGGUUCCAGCGUACUUCAACGACUCCCAGCGACAGGCCACGAAAGAUGCGGGUACCAUCUCUGGCCUGAACGUUCUCCGAAUCAUCAACGAGCCGACUGCUGCUGCGAUUGCGUAUGGUCUUGACAAGAAAGGAGGAGGAGAACGAAAUGUCCUGAUUUUCGAUCUCGGCGGCGGGACCUUCGACGUGUCCAUCCUGACCAUCGAGGACGGCAUCUUCGAGGUGAAGUCCACCGCCGGAGACACGCACUUGGGAGGCGAGGACUUCGACAACCGCAUGGUCAACCACUUCGUCCAGGAGUUCAAGCGGAAGUACAAGAAAGAUCUCACCACCAACAAGCGGGCUCUGCGUAGGUUGCGCACGGCCUGCGAGCGCGCAAAGAGAACUCUGUCCUCUUCCACGCAGGCGAGCAUCGAAAUCGAUUCUCUCUUCGAGGGUAUCGACUUCUACACGUCCAUUACCAGAGCUCGCUUUGAGGAGUUGAACGCUGACCUGUUCCGAUCCACCAUGGAGCCCGUCGAGAAGUCCCUUCGCGACGCCAAGAUGGACAAGGCGCAAAUCCACGACAUCGUCUUGGUCGGUGGGUCCACCCGUAUUCCCAAGGUGCAGAAGCUCCUUCAAGACUUCUUCAACGGCAAGGAGCUCAACAAGUCCAUCAACCCUGACGAGGCCGUGGCGUACGGCGCCGCGGUCCAGGCCGCCAUCUUACACGGCGACAAGUCUGAGGAGGUCCAGGACCUGCUGCUGCUGGAUGUGACGCCUUUGUCGCUCGGUAUCGAAACCGCCGGCGGCGUCAUGACUACGCUCAUCAAGCGAAACACUACCAUCCCAACCAAGCAGACUCAAACCUUCACCACGUAUUCUGACAACCAACCCGGCGUGCUCAUUCAAGUAUUCGAGGGUGAGCGUGCCAUGACCAAAGACAACAACCUGCUUGGAAAAUUCGAGCUGACCGGCAUUCCGCCCGCGCCGCGCGGCGUCCCUCAAAUCGAGGUCACCUUCGACAUCGACGCCAACGGUAUCCUCAACGUCUCCGCCGUGGAGAAGUCCACAAACAAGGAGAACAAGAUCACCAUCACCAACGACAAGGGCCGCUUGUCCAAGGAGGAGAUCGAGCGCAUGGUGAAUGAAGCAGAGAAGUACCGCAACGAGGACGAGAAGCAGAAGGAGUGCAUCCAAGCUAAGAACGCCCUCGAGUCGUACUGCUUCAACAUGAAGUCCACCAUGGAGGAUGAUAAGCUAAAGGACAAGCUUUCGGAUGCCGACAAGCAGACCAUUCUGGAUAAGUGCAAUGACACCAUCAAGUGGCUGGAUUCCAACCAGCUGGCUGAUAAGGAGGAGUAUGAGCACAAGCAGAAAGAGCUGGAGGGUGUAUGCAACCCUAUAAUCACCAAGAUGUACCAGGGUGCGGGCGGCGCGCCCGGUGGCAUGCCCGGCAUGCCCGGAUUCCCCGGAGGCGCACCCGGCGCUGGGGGUGCAGCGCCCGGCGGCGGCGCCGGCCCCACCAUCGAGGAGGUCGACUAAACAUUCCAAACCUUCAGUAUCACCACCCACUGAUUCCGAUUUCUUUAAAUUGUUGAAAGUUCUGUCAACUUAAAUAAAUGAACCUAAUUUAAAAUUCAA